AGGUUAGUAUUGAGUGUGCAAGGUAUUGUUAUCUCUUACUAGAACUUGGAUUCAAUUGUUAAAUAUAUUAUGGCAAAGGGUAAGCAAUGGUAAUUAAGUUUAAGUUGAUGACAACAAACUAUGAUUACGUUAAUUCCUCAAAUUGAUUUUGAAUACAAUAAAGACUUUUGAAAAAGACAGAUGAAAGGAGUAGUAAAUUGCUAUAUAUUUAAGAUGUUUUAAAGAGUGUUCUUGUGUCUAUAUUUGCUUUCCAAAUAUGUUUAUGUGAAAAAUUCAUUUAUGAACUUUUACCAUGUGUUUUUUUAUAGGACAUAACAUUUUAUUGCACGGCCUCAAUUAAAAAGAUCAAUGUUGAGAAUGGAUGGUAUUAUGUCUCCUGUGAUGAGUGUCCUAAAAAAUUGAAAUGACAUGAAUCCAAACUAUUUUGUGAGACAUGUAUGAAAGUAUGUGGAUUCCCAAAAAUUAGAUACAGACUUGACAUGCAAGUUGAUGAUACAACAGAACAUGCAAAUUUUGUAGUGUUUGACAAGGAAGCAGAGAAGUUAAUUAAAGUGCCUGCUAUGCAACUCUCCAAUAUGGAAGAAGAGGAUGAAGACGAUGACAAUAUUAUUCCAAGUAGCAUCAAAUGCAUAAUUGGAAAAACCUACAUCUUCCAAUUGAAAAUUAUUGCAUACAAUUUUUUCGUUCGCAAACAAAACUUUACAAUAACUAGAGUCAUUGAAAUUGAAGGAAACGGACAAUUACAGGAAACAACAAAAAGAGGGGCUAACAAUGGAAAUGAAGUACUUGAAGAAAAAAUCUGUGCACAAGUAAAGAAAAGAAAGAUUGUGAAGAAGUAA